UUGAAAUUCCAAUAUGGCUCCCAAGCUCCAAGGUAAACAACGAAAAGAUUCAGUGUGAUUUUCAGAGCAAUCAAUAUAAAAUGGAUGGUAGAUUGAAGGCAAGAAGCUCUGGAUCUGUACCAUCGACACUUGGAAGACAAAUUGGCGUUUUGCCUGUGGGUAACCCCCCGCCCAGAGCACGAAGACCGCAUCCCAGACAAAUUCUACCUCCACCACCUCCAAUCAGAAAGUUUACAGAUGAAUCAUGUGGUCCAACACAAUAUAGCGAAGUUCCUACAGCCGCUCACAGUGACACAGUGGUAGGAAGGGCCACUAAUGACCACUCAAGUACUAGAUCAGGGAAAGUGAAAGUAAAACAGACUACUCCUCCAACAAAUGACUUAAGCUCUAGGCCGUUUUCUAAAAAAUAUAAUCCUAGUCCUCCUAGUUCUUCUCGCUCUCGUAAGUCACCCGGGUCAUCGGCCAGGGUCAAGGAUCAUUUUGCCAGCGCUAGGGGUACACCAAGUCAGUCAGAGAGUGAGACGGGACAGGAGUUGGAAUCCUGGGAAAAAAGAACACCGAAAACUGUGACAGAGCAGGAGAUUUUGGACCAAAACCAGGAAACAGAUGUUGGCAGAAUCUAUGACAUUAAUUUACACGCAGAAGAACUUACUCUGGUGCCAAAGUUAGACAAGUUUCCAAAUUUGAGAGUGCUAGACUUAUCCUGUAAUUUCAUAGAACACAUAGAAAAUUUUGACCAGUCUAAGGACCUUAGAGAGUUAAAACUUUAUGACAACCGACUCACUGCAGUAGAAAAUCUUAAAAAUUUGAAGGAGUUAGUUACAUUACAACUUCAGUACAACAAAGUGAAGCACUUAGGUAAAGGUCUUUCAACACUGACUAAGUUAAAAAAUCUUCGGAUAGACUGUAACAAGAUAUUACGCCUAGAAGCCUCGGAGUUGUCCUGCUGUGUUCAGUUAACGUCCAUUAACAUCAGUUACAAUUUGCUGGAUAAUUUAUCAGCUUUGAAUUACCUGCCCAAUCUGGAGGAGUGCUAUGCAGCAGGAAACAGAAUCAAGACUAUCGAUCUUUCACGAUGUAAAAAAUUACAAGACAUUGAUAUCUCAAAAAACAGAAUCACAGAUUUAUCCGGACUUAAAACACUUCCUAAUCUUCAGACUUUAAAUGUUUCCUGUAAUCAGAUAAACAGUUUAAGACCACUAGGAAAGACCAGGAAUCUUCAAGAGUUAUAUACUUCAGGGAACCGGAUUUCUGAGCUCUCCUUUGUUCCUGAGUUUUUCCCCCGACUGGAGGUUUUCAACGUCAGCUGUAACAACAUCAAAACAUUGGAUGAAGUGUGUUAUUUAGAGAGGUGUGAGGACAUUGCCGAGCUGUUUCUUUAUGAGAACCCAUUUUGUGCCCCCGGAUCCGAGCAUUCCCACUAUAUGGCAGAAAUCCAGGCAGUCAUUCCUCAGCUGGAGAUCCUUGAUGGGGCACACAUAAAAAGACACAACCAUCGAGGAGCCCCACUAAUGAGGCCUAUGUCAGCUUCAACAAUUAUAAGCGUCAGACAAGUAGAGACACAGAUGAAGGCAAUGGACAAUGAGAUGGCGUCGUUUGAGAAGAACAUUCUAGACAGAUUGGAGUCCUUGAGAUUUUCCUGUGGCCUUGACAGCACAGAUACACCUAUGUCCUCCAGAAAUGAACCCUCCUCAACUUCGCACCAACGGCCGUCCAGUAAAAGUAGUAGUCGCUCCAAGAUUCGAGAUGCCCUGCAGUUUGCAUCACAGCAUUUUGAUGAUGCUUCCUGAAUAUUUUCCAACAAGCUGUGUCAACAAAUUGUGGACUGUGAUACUUCAUCUUGCUUGUUUCCAAUGUUUGUGCUGUUGUUGUGUUAAGGACUUUUUCCAGCUGCCAGUUUAUUUAUUCUAAAUACAUGUAUUAAAUAAAUUUUUGUCUGUGUUGAUUAAAAUAAGAUUUAAUCAAAGCUAGCGUAUAGCUAUAUAUUUAUCUGUACUUAUCACUGUUUAAUCAUCACUUUUUGUAUUUUUCCAUCCACUGAAUAAAUUGAUUUCCAGACGUUAUCGAGUUCAUCUGAGAUCUAAUAUUCUUCUCACCAUGUACUCGUUUUAUCUCUCUAUUUGGAACACAAUAAGUUUUUGCUUUGUGUGGGUAUUUCAGUUGUGAUGUACUUACACACUGAGUACGAAUUUUAGAUCUUCAUAGUGGUCUUCACCAUCUGUGAUUUACAAUGUAAAGAACAGCUUGUUUUUGUAAAAUACAUGGUAUUUGAAACACAGCUGACUCAUAUGUUUACUACCUAAUAUAUUGAUCAGUUGCAAAUUUCGCUAUCAGCCCAUUACCAUAUUGCUUAGGAUUCAUGGUUGCUAUUUGUGGUGUUAUUUUUAUAAUUUUAGAUAUUAUUUGCAAAUAAUCAUUUUAUUAUUGUAUGUAAAUGUCAAGCAUUAAUAUUACAUUUCAUUCACUCAGUACAUAGUCAGCUUGUGACUUUAAAAAUCUGCAGGUCUGGUCAAUUAUGGAGAGGCCCUGUUAUGUAAUAAGCCAUCUGGUAGCGUGCUUCAUAUGAUACAGGAAUACUAAACAAUGGAUGCAGACUUGUGGAAAUUGAAAUUUAGAAUUUUCACGCGCUUCACAAAUUAACUUUCAGUUUUACAUGUACAACCCACUGUUUGUGUAUUUAAAAACACAUGAGACAAACAAGAAAAUAAAUAAUUUAUUUUGAAAUUUUGAGAAAA